CCUCCGUUCCUAUUCACCAUCGAUCCCGCAGAUUGCUAGCGUAAUCAACAUCGAGUUUGAAGUUGCUUGGAUUGGUAUUUGCGUUGCUGAUCGUCGAUAAUGAUAUUUCCUGAUUCUUACUGUUGAUUCAAACGCGUGAGAAGUAGUUCUUUCAUCGCAAUUUUUAGGAUAAAUGACGUAGCUUGCAAUUGCUAGUUGGGUGUUGAGGGUUCAGGAACACUGCAAUUUAUUGUUAUGAGAGGACAUUAGAAACCUCAGCAAGUUUUCAUGUAUACAACAUCCAAUAUUCUACUUCAUGAUGGUGAUUCCAUUCUUCAGUUACAGUAUCAUCAUAUAAACUGACCAGCCAAUACUAGCUGGUAACCAUGUUUAAAAAGCCAGUGGAGGCAAAAUUAUCACAGAGAUUGUCAGGAGCAGACAAGAAGAAGCUACGAAGAACUGUAAAGGAGAAGUUUCAACAUGCUUCUGAUGCUAAUAUCGAUGAAAUUCUUCCCUCUAAGGCUGAGAUUACAGUGGUCAAGUGCUCAAACAAGGUUCAUGUAUAUGUUAUAGAAGGAGGGUUGCCUAUGCUUUUCGAUAUUGAUGGACGAGGAACUGAGAUAUACCCAACAGUUUAUGCACUGUGGAAAGUUUCUGAACUCUUGCCAUCCUUUCUUCUUAAGGGUGGUGAGGUUUCUCGAUAUGUGAUUGGUGGUGCUGAUUUGAUGUUUCCUGGUAUUAGUAUACCUCCUGAAGGUCUGCCUUCAUUCUUAGCUGGGCAACCAUGGGCCGUAAAAGUUCCUGGCAAUCCAUCACCAAUUGCAGUUGGAGUCACCACUAUGAGUAGUUCAGAAGCACUGAAAGCUGGUUUGCGUGGAAAAGCCUUAAGGAUAACACAUUAUUAUCGUGAUUUUCUUUGGCAAUCUGCUGAAGGUCAUUAUGUUCCAAAUGCUGGUUUCUUUGAAGAUGUUGUCAUGGAAGAUCCAGAUUCAUUGCCAGUUUCUCAGCCUUUGAAUCUACCUUUAGAUGUUUCAAAUGAUGAAGAUGUUAAUAUGUCAGAAAGGGAAACUGUUGAUAUCUUAAAUACCAAUGCCAGUGAAGUCAUUGAUGCUCCAGCAAUUUCAGACUCUAGUAGUAUCCAAAACCCUGAAGAAAUAACGUCUGAAAUAAGUGGACUAAAAGUAUCUGAAAGGGUUGCAGCUGAAUCAUCAAAUGAUGAUAAGGAGCAACAAAUUUUGUCUACUGAAGAAAUUGAUGCCCUCUUGGAAAAAUGUCUUUUGCAAGCAUUACACACUACUGUUAAAGAUAAAGACCUUCCCAUGCCUGGAAGUACACUUUGGUCAAACCAUAUACUACCCUGCAGACCUGCUGGUGUUACUCUGGACAUUAAAAGAUCUUCUCAUAAGAAACUUUCCAAGUGGCUACACUCAAAAUCUUCCAAAGGGCUGAUAUCUGCAAAGGAAGACAAGUAUAAGAAGGAGUUCAUUUUACUAGGAAUCAACCGUGGUCAUUCAGACUACAUGUCAUUUAAGCCUGAGAAGCGUGUGCAGCAGAGCAAUGAACAAAAGCAUGAUAGCUUGGUCAGUGAGGCUUUAGGCCAACAAACAAAGCUACAACUUGAGGUGGUUGAAGUUUAUAAACCAAGCACUCAUGUGAAUUCAAUAUUCACAGCUAUAGGAGCAGAAACUGGAAUCUAUUAUAGCGCAUCAGAGGUGUCUGAUGUUGUCUUCAGGUAUGUUGAGAAGGAGAAUUUGGUCAAGCCAACAGACAAGGCAAUUGUAAUUUUCGAUGCUACACUGUGUGAUGCACUCUACAAAGGCACUGUUAAGAAGGGAUUCACCUACCCAACAGAGAUCCACAAGAAGGAUUUAGGAUCUACUUUCUUAAGCAGGAUGCAGGUUCAUCAUAAGAUAUCAAAAGGGCAUGAGGUUGUGAUCUGCAAGGGUGCUGUUAAACCCAUUCAGAUAGUAACAGAACGACGUCAAGGAAACAAGAAGGUAACUAAAGUCUCAGGGCUUGAAACUUUCUUAUUGGAUGCUGAUUCACUAGCUUCAGAACUGCAAAAGAAGUUUGCGUGCAGUACAUCGGUUGGGGAGCUUCCAGGUAAGAAAGGACAGCAUGAAGUGCUAGUUCAAGGAGGCGUCAUUGAUGACCUGGCAAGGCAUCUUGUCGACCACUAUGGGAUUCCGAAGAGAUAUAUUGAAGUGUUGGAUAAAACAAAAAAAUGAUGGAAAAUGGUUUGAGGUUGAUAUAUGAUCAACACUACUACUAGUUUUUUAAAUGUAGUUAUUUGCAAAGCCAGAUGCACUAUGGAUAUUUUGUGAAGUUUUUGGACUACUAUCUCAGAUCUCCAAUAACAAGUUGUGGUAUAAGAAUCUCAUGGUCAUUGAUGGCUUGAGUCAAUUAAAAUCUGAAGGCCUGUUAAAGUAUCAUGGCCAUGUUGGAUAACUUGAACUUUUCCCUCAUAACAGUAGCAUCACUGUUUCAUUUACGGAUGUAAAACUUAUUGAUCAGUAUUGCAGUGAUUUGCUUAUAUUCGAUUUA